AUGGCUCGUAAGGCGCGCCAGAGGAUCAGCUAUGUGCUGCCUCUCACAAACUCGGCCGGAGGGCAUCGUCUCGGUGUCAACGGCCUCGCCGUAGAUAGCGACAACUCCAUCCUCUACUCUGGAGGACGCGACGGCGUCAUCUGCGCAUGGGACCUCAACUUCGAAGUCAACCACAAGUCGGACCAGAUCACAGCCAUCGACGCGAAGCCUCCCCCAUCACCCGCCUCGACCCUGCACAACCAAGUCCAAGCGCAUACCCACUGGAUCAGUGACCUUGUCCUCGCCCAGUCCAACCAAGCCUUGGUAUCGGCCUCGUCAGACAUCAGUGUCAAAGUAUGGCGUCCCGCUGCUACCGACUCGAUGCCGCCCCAGACGAUUGGUUUGCACAGCGACUACGUCAAGGUGCUGGCUUCUCCUUCUUCGGACGCGUCGUGGGUUGCCAGUGGAGGUCUGGAUCGCCGUAUUCGUCUCUGGGAUCUGAACGGUGCAGGUCAAACACUCAGCAUUGACGUCAGCGAGGACGAGAGCUUGACAGGCUUGAGCAAAGAGAAGGCAAGCGUUUACGCUCUGAAGGCCACACACUCCAUCCUUGCCAGUGGAGGUCCUGAUAGCAAUGUGCGUAUCUGGGAUCCGCGCUCUGGCAAGCGCAUCACAAAGUUCGUCGGUCACACAGACAUUGUGCGCGACAUUUUGAUCAGUCAAGACGGCUCCACUGUCAUGUCUGCCUGUUCGGACCAGACGGUCAAGGUGUGGAGUGUCACUGCCGGUCGCUGCACAAAUACUCUGACCAUGCACGACGCUAGCGUCUGGUCUCUGUGGUCCGACCAUCCAGACCUCUCCGUCUUCUACUCGUCUGAUAAGAGCGGUAUGGUAGCAAAGACCGACACCAGAGGCUGCGGUGAAGAGCUGGAAGAGGGUCUUAGUGUUGCAAUCUGCCAGGAAGGCACUGCGGUACACAAGCUCGCUGUCGCUGGCGACUACAUCUGGACGGCCACUCCUCGUCCCACCAUUAACAGAUGGGCCGACGUCAACAUUGAUGGUGCCGAGAUCGAUCUACCUGACACCAACAAGCAGCACCGCUUCAGCUUGUCCACUUCCCGCUCUAGAAUCCCUAGUCCACCUGUCAAUUCGUCUUCUGACCGACUAGCCUCACCACCGCAAGCCACCUCUCCCACCACACCUCCGCCAUCCGGCAAGCGCAUACCUCUCAAACACGUACUCCGAAUGAGCAAUGCCGUCUACUUCCCCAGACCAACUGCAAGAGAGGCCGCCCCAGACGCCGAGGAUGACCAUGUCGAGCACAUACACCCCUUGAGACACACACCAGAUUUUGCUAUCGAAGGACAGAACGGUUUGGUCAAACACAUCAUGCUCAACGACCGCAAACGUGUUCUGACUCAGGAUACUGCUGGCGAAGUCUUGCUGUGGGAUCUGUUGAAGUGUGUUCCCAUCAAGUCGUUUGGCAAGAAACAUCUUGAGGAUGUUCAGCCAGAGCUUACCACAGUCGAGACGGUACCUAACUGGUGCUCUGUCGAUACCCGAACUGGAACCUUGGCCAUCACCUUGGAAGAAAACACAGCCUUUGAUGCCGAGAUGUACGCAGAUGAGCUCGACAUUGAGCAACAUAUUGAUUUCAAGGAAGAUCAGCGCAUCAACCUUGGCAAGUGGAUCCUUCGUUAUCUGUUUGCAAACCUGAUUAGCGAAGAGAUAUCUAGAGACUCGCAGUACCGAAGGCACCUUUUGGAACAAGCACAAAAGCAAAAGUUGGAGCGUGAAAAUGCACCUACUAGUAUUCAGAUGCCUCCCGCGAUGACAGACGGCUGGAAAGUUGAUCCGUCAGCUCCCCUAACAACCAACACUUUGAGACCGACAAACACCAAUACUAUUGGCUUUGCGACCCCUGGAUUGGCCAUUACAGACACAGCAUCGUCUUAUGUUGGUUCACCGAGCUUGACAAGGGAUGCGUUCACAUCUGAAGAUGGUGAACGUACACAAGAUAGGUCAUCGAUAGGGGGUGACUACUUCUCAGCCUCUACGGUAGCAAAUUCUACAAAUGCGAACGGCGAUACAAAGCUUGUGCCUCAAACCCCUACAGAAGCUGCUACCACGCCAAUGCCAGAAGACGCCUCGACGACCGAGGCGAGCGACACGCCUUCGAAGUUUGGCAAACGUCUACGUAUGAACAUGUCUUUCAACAUGAAAAAGCUAGGAAAGCCUCCCACAAACGAAAAGGAUACUAAGCCUGCUGUCGUUGAAGAGACCAAGGAAGAGACUGAGGCUGACACACAGAGCUCGUCUGACAAUAGUAACUCUCGUAUUGUCGAUGAAAACUUCCUUGGUUGCAUUCAGAAGAUUCGUUUCGCCUAUGAGGACCAUUUGCAGGCGCAGAUUCAACGAGCUGCUGCUGUAGACGCUGCAGGAGGUGCACUGGGACAGUCGAAAGAGCUCGAGCUGCCUACUUCGAUCGUGCCUUCUCUGCCAUCCGAAACGCCAGUGUUGAAGCCGCCUCCAAACACAACCAUCCUGAUUCAGGAAGAGCGACCAGAAGCUGGUGGUGUAGCAGAUCUCUUCGAGGGCAAGGUUGGUAGUACAGGUGAGAUGGCCGACCUGAUUGAGAAGGUUGCUCCAAUGUGGCUCGGUGAUGCACUAUUGCGUAACCAGAUUCCUCUCAAGGAUUUAGUCAAGAUCAGUUUCGUGCUCGAACCAUGGCAGAAUGCAUUGCCAAGCAUCGCUGCAGACGGCAAUAAUCGACUCAAUGCCAACCGCAUGCUGCGCGCUCGUAAGAUUCUAGGCUAUGUUGCUGACCGCAUCGAGCCCGCACAAGACCCUGCCACAGCCAUGGCUCCCGAAGAAUACCUUGAGCUUUACUGCAACAACCAACUCAUCCCAGCGAAAAUGACAUUGGCGACCAUCCGAACACAUAUCUGGCGAGGCGGCGGUGACGUUUUGCUCCACUACAAGGCGAACGGCAAGAAAAAGAUUCUGCACUCUGCAGAAGCCUUUGCAGCUGGUGAAGAGAAUGGUGGGGCUCACAGUACCCCUAUAGCGCCUCAGGUGUAG